AUGAGCACAAAGACAAAUUCCAGCUUGAUGCUGCCAAAGGUAAGAGAACUGUCAGUUCUUGAGAGAUCUAACAUCCGCAAGCUUGCUUAUAAACUUGAUGUAAGCAAGAGCACAGUUGGUAGGUUUGUGAAAGAACACAAACUAAGGCCACACACAAAUGCCAUAAAGCCUAUACUUACUUCUUCAAACAAAGUUGCCAGAAUGAGAUGGAGUCUAAGCCAUAUCCAACCACUCAUAGCCAAUGAUAUGCUAAAGUAUCACCCAAUGCACAAUGUGGUGCACAUAGAUGAAAAAUGGUUUUACAUGACUAAGACUUCAGAUAGGCCACAUUUUGCAGAAAAUGGGGAAGUCAUUUUUGAUGGAAAAGUAGGCAUAUUUCCAUUCACAACUAUGGAGCCAGCAAAGAGGAAGUCCAAGAACAUACCAAGAGGCACUCUGGAGAUAAAGCCAAUUCAAUCACUUAACAAGGAAGUGAUGAGAGCAUGCCUAAUUCAGAAUAUCAUACCAACAAUCAAGGAAAAAUGGCCAGAGAAUAUGAGCAAGGAGAUUUUCAUUCAACAAGACAAUGACAAGCCUCAUAUACACCACAAUGAUGCUGACUUUCUGUGCCAACAACCACAAUCCCCAGAUUGCAAUGUGUUGGAUUUGGGAUAUUUUAGAGCAAUCCAAUCUCUACAGGAUGAUAAGGUGGCUAAGGGAGUGGAUGAGUUGUUGAGGAAUGUGCAUAGCUCAUUUGAUGAGCUUAGCCCAUACACACUCAAUAAUGUUUUUCUUACUCUACAAGGUUGUCUAACUGAGAUUCUUAAGGUGCAAGGGUGCAAUAGCUACAAGACUCCACACAUGAAUAAAGAAAGGUUAGCAAGGAUGGGGACACUGCCAGAUGUAUUAGAGGUUGAAGAAGGAGUUGUGAAGGCUGCUGUGGCAUACCUCCAACUGCCAGAGCAUGAUGUGAGUACAAAUUAUGACAUCUCAGGUGUCACAGAAGCUGUAGGCUUCUAG